AUGCAGUUUGCCCAAUGGCUUUUCUCCUGCGCGGAUGCACGGCCAGGGAAACACAGAUCCUCAUUUGAUCCUUUCGAGACGCAGGGAUUGGAACUCCAUGAGGAGGAGGACUUGCAGGCGGCGUACCGGGCCAUGGCGGGCAUACGCCAAGGAAGGCCUGAUCCCCAUGUGGUCGUCUUCUUGGACGUCGAUGGGGUGCUGCAUGCCAAGGGCUGCGAACUGGACCAUUUCAGCGCAGCCAACAUGCGCUCUUUGCGGCACAUUGUGCUUGCUUGCAAUGCCACUGUAGUGUUGUCCUCCAGCUGGCGGCGCAGCGCACCGCUGCUGCAGCGCUGCGAGCUGGCGCUGGCGCGCUGGGGGCUGGCAGGAGUGGCCGACACCACACCAGACUUGAAGGGCCAAGGCCUGCGACGCGAGGAGGAGAUUUUGAUUUGGCUGAAACGACAUCCUGAGGUCCAGCACUGGUUGGCCCUGGAUGACUUGGAGCUGGUCAGCAGCGAGGCCCCGAUGGCUCGACUGAUGGCGGAGCACUUUGUGAAGACGGAUCCUGAGACCGGUCUUCGAGAUAUGACGCAAGUGUCGAGAGCAUUGAGGGUGCUGGAAAGACCACGUGGGAACGUGGAGGAGAUGGGGGCAGGCUACCUGGCUACCUUUGACCUCGCAUUGCCAGGAGGUUUUGAAAAGAAAACGAGCAACACAGAGAACUCCAAUCUGUUCGAAUUUCAGGCCCUGCCCUUGCUUCAUCCACAUGAGAUGCCUAUGGCUUGUGGCGGCCCUUGCGGGAUCCAGGGGUCCCAAUGGCCAGGGGGCACCGGUGUCACCGGGGUGGAAGCGUCUCAGAAGGGCGAGAACAUGGUCCAGGAGGCUCAAGAGAAGGCCUUGCGUGAUGUGGCAGAGGCCAAGGCCGCCCUGCGACGCUGCGUGGAGGAGGCUUCCAGGCGGAUGCUGGCAGCCAAGCAGUCAAUUGAACGUACCAGGACUACAACCCAGAAGGAGAUUGAGAGGCACCUGGAUGCGGCCCAUGCGGCGGAUGCCCAGGUCCUGCAAGCCAUGGAGGAGGAGAAGGGCUCGGAGGAACGGGCCGAGAAACUGCUGGCCGUCGCGGAGCGCGAUGCACCGGGCCUGCACGCGCUGACGAAGCGCUUCGAAGUGGAACAGCAGCGGUGCCAAGUGGUGAAGCGUUGCCGCGUGAUGGAGAACCAACUGGCAGAGAAUUUGAAGCAACUGAAGGAAGAUCAUGCCCAGCAGGUGUCGGCCGCAGCCUGCGCGUCGGAGACGGCAGCGCUGAGAUCCCAGGAAAAGGUGGAGGCCGCCCAGCUGGAGUUGGAACGUCAUCGGAAGGAGCUGCAAAGGAAGAAGGAAGAGGCUGAAGUGAAGGUGACUGAAAUGGAUCAGAAAGCCCAAGCAACGGGGAUCUGGUCCCAAGAAGUUCGCAGCAAGUGCAUCAGGAUUCUCCAGAUAGCCCGUGAGAAGCUGGCGGAGCAACAGGAGGCAACGAAGCAGGAAGAAGAGCUCGAAGAAGAACGAGCCAAGGAUCGCAUGGAAAGCACCACGCAGAUGCUGAAGGAAAGGGAGAUCUGGGCCGUGGUGGCGGAAGAUGAUUGUGCUGCCAGGACCGCGCAGGCCAAGGCCGAAGCGCAGGAGGCGGCAGAGCAGGCGGCGCGGCGCGCGCGCUGGGCGCGGGAGGCGGAAGAGGCGGCGCAGCGGAUGGCCAUGGCGGAGAUGGAUGCGACCGGCAGGGAGAUGGAGGAGACAUGCGAGACACUGUGGCUCCAAACCGAUGAGAUGCGAAAGACCUGCCAGCAGCAGCAGCGGGAAGCAGCCGAGAGUGUUGGAGAAGUGCGAAGUGCUGUUUCCCAGGCCCUUGCCGCGGCUCGCGCGCGCUUAGCCUCCAUCCAGUCCUGCGCGGCCGGCGCGGCCAAGGACGUCAAGCGAGCGCAGCGGGAAGAGCAACGGGCAGCCGAAACGUUGGAAGAACGAGAGAUCGACUUUAUCAGCGCUGUGGACGAACUGGAAAAAGCCGAACUCCAGAAGACCUGCAGCGUCUCCCGCUGUGAAGAGCUGCUGAUGGCUGCGGAGCAGUCUUGUGCGCAGCAGCUCGGAGCGGCCUGGGACGAAGCGGAACGAGCCAAGGUCCAGGAGGAAGAUCGCGCCUCCAGGGCCGAAGAGCUGGCUGAGACGCUGGAAGGUCAAGCGCUCUGUGCUGAGGAGGUCGCAGCCAGCGAGAAGUCGAGUCAAGUGCAGCGCUUCCAACGUGAAGAGCAGCGGAUCCGCACUGCGGUGCGGGAAGCAUCACAUCGCACGGUGAAUGUGCAGGAGGCGAUUCAUGAGGCGAUCCAUUACAGCCAGAAGAGCCUCGAUGAGCUCUACAGUUACCUGUACAGCAUGGGGCAGAAUUCCGCUGUGACGCCCUCGCCUUCGCAGAAAGGCAAGGGGUGCCCCAAGUGCAACGUGAUCUACACGCCAACUUCAAGCUACUGCCAACAUUGUGGUGAGAAGUUGGAGCGUCAGCCGCCUGCGAGCUGCAGCCCGUUGCGUCCGCCACGAAUUCGGAAGAUCUGCAGCCGUUCCUAUGGCCGCGUGAGGAAGUCGCGCUCUCCCGGCCUGAGCUUUCCAAGGAAGGCAUGA